AAGGCCGGGGUGCUGAAUUGGUGUCCCCACCAUUCCUUUGGGUUUUAUAUUACGCCAUGAUGCUAUUAUCAUCCACCCAGAGCCACUGUCUCACGGCCAGCAAGGCCAAUCAGAGGAAUGUUGUGGCAAAACCAGGCAUUAUCGCUCGCGGCCGCGGUCUCGUGCAACACCGGGCCUACCGCGUAGCUGCUUUAAAUGUCGGCCCCGGUGGCGGGAGCCCUGUGAGCACGGUUGAGGAUACCGGGAGGGUCGAGCUGACCCCGCAGGAGGCCGCGAAGGUCGCGACUACCAGGUGCAUCUGUUACUCAACGACUCAAUACGUUAAGGACUUCCUGGCAGGGCCUAUGCAGAAAGUUUUCACCGACACCUACUUUGUGGAGCCUCCGCUGGACAAGGACACAGCCCAGCUGGCUCGGGGCUAUGACGUGGCAGUGCUGUUCGUGAAUGACCGCGCUGAUGCGUCGGUGAUCAAGGAGUUAGCCAAGGCGGGUGUGAAGCUGAUUGCCCUGCGUUGCGCCGGCUUUGACCGCGUUGACCUCCACGCCUGCGCGGAGCACGGCGUCCGGGUGGUGCGUGUGCCCACCUACUCGCCCGAAUCGGUGGCGGAGCACGCAGUGGCGCUCAUCUUCGCGCUCAACAGGCACCUUACGGAUGCAUACAUCCGCGUGCGCAUGGGCAACUACUCGCUGAGCGGGUUAGUGGGCGUGGAGAUGCGGCACAAGGUGGUGGGCGUGGUGGGCACUGGGGCCAUCGGCCAGCAGGCGGCGCGCAUCCUCAAGGGCAUUGGGUGCAAGGUGUUUGCCUAUGACAUCAAACCCAACCCCGCGGUUGAGGCUAUGGGCAUCCCUUACGUAAGCCUGGAUGAGCUGCUGGCCAUGUCGGACAUCGUCACGCUGCACUGCCCGCUGCUGCCCAGCACCCGCCAACUCAUCAACAAGGAGAGCAUUCAGAAGAUGAAGAAGGGCGUGAUGCUCAUCAACGUCAGCCGCGGCGGCCUCAUUGACAGCGCCGCGCUGUUCGAUGCGCUGGAGAGCGGCCAGAUAGGCGCCCUGGGCCUGGACGUGUAUGAGAAUGAGGGCGGGCUGUUCUUUGUGGACCACACAAAGUUCGACCCCUCCGUGCGCAUGCAGAAGUGGGACCGCCAAUUCCGCACGCUGCUCAGCUACCCUCAGGUGCUGGUGACGCCGCACACGGCCUUUCUGACGGAGGAGGCGCUGAACAACAUCUGCACCACCACCAUUCAGAACAUCGCCGACUACGUUUUGGAUCGGCCGCUGGGCAACGAGGUUAAGGCGCAGCCGGCCCCCGCCGGCAAGACCUAAGUGAAGAGGCGUGGGCCGAAGUCCCAAAGAUUCGAACAUGAGCGCAGUAAUGGCGCUGUUGUGAAGCUGGGUUGGCACGGGAACCCACGAGGCCCCCGCAACUUGAGGCGGGGAGACACCGGCGGAGUGGCCGCUUUGUGGACGUGUGCUUGGUUCGUUGCGUCUCGUGCGCCAGCGGGUGAAGUUUUGUGGUAUCACCUUGGCGAAUGGCAUUGGUGGACCCUGUGUGGCAGAGCCGCCGUACCCCGGCCAUGAUGAUAUGGCAUCCGGAAGUUCCUCCACUGCAUAACAUGCAUGAUCGUUCUUCAAUUGCUGCCGCUGACCUGACUUCUGCAUGCUGUACGAGGAGACAUUGAUACGCAUUUCAUGCGCGAGUCUUUCGGGAGAGGAGGAGAACUUGGAUGUCACUGCAGAGGGGGCGAGGGUACCAUCGAUACCGUAUAGGAAACAAAGUGCCAGACCAUAUUGCCCCCAAGAGGGGACGACCGACCGUCCGGACCCCCACCGGACUAAACGUUGUUGUUUAGGUGCUGAAUCCCCUCCAUUUGAUACCAAAGUGGCGCCAAUCUACUCCUCUUGACGAUCGCUAUCACGCUGUGCCAUCGGCGGUCCUGUUGUGAGACUUGGUCACACGAGGGAUUCCAUCCACGGAAAUCCCCUCGACCCAGCUCACCCCCCGUCGAAUUCUCUGCCAUGUUAUGUGUGGAAAACGUGCAUCGGCAGUCAACAUGAAACUAUGCGCAGCAGCGCUUGAGAGCCCCACAGUUCUAGUGUGUAAAUGUCGAUCGUGGGGACACGUGCUGAUAUGUCCACGCCAGGACGCGCAGAUUGGGCUGAUUGGCCCUCCCCCGCUUUGUUUAUGCUUAUUACGGCAAUACGGCGUAACGUGUACAGUUGAGCCUUGUGGUGCUGCGUUUGGGCGUUUGGCCCCUAGCUCUGCUUGUGUGGCGCUUCCCAAAAUCCGCAAGGAUAGGCUCCCGCAACCUGGCGCCAUGGACCAUGGUGGACUCCCUGGGACGACGGCAGACCCCCAUGGCAGCCCCCCCCACCUUUGGCAGCCCACUGGUCCAGAACUUCCGCACCAGAUCACCCCUGACAUAACUAAAAGUGUGUACGUUAUGCUCCCCUCAAGCUCUACAAUGUUGGGCAUGGUGUGAGCGUGUGUGAGAUUCGGUGCUGUCUACCACCCCCAUGGUCAACCACCCGCCUUGCAACGCCUGAUGUUCUUACUUCCUGUCCCCUGAUUCCCCUGCUUGUAUCCUGUUCCCAAUGUUUUAACUUGUGCCACCACCCCUGGUCAAUGCAAUGUCUGCACGCCGACAGGGAUGCACGCCGAUGGUGUAAAA